UGAGUCAUACUACAUGGGUCUAUUUUGUAGUUUACAAAGAAUCAUGGAAAAAACUAGAAGCUUUCUCGCUGCCGCUCUAGUGUUCUUGGUACUGAAUCAGUCAAUUUCUUCUAUAGCUAUAACCAACUUAACCACAGACCAAUCUGCUCUUCUCUUCUUCAAAGCCUCCAUCAUUUUAGACCCAUACAAUAUCUUGGCUGAUAAUUGGUCCACCACAAGUUUAGUUUGCGGCUGGGUUGGGAUCACCUGUGGUGUCCUCCACGAAAGGGUCAUAUCUCUGAAUCUUUCCGACAUGGGUCUCACAGGCUCGCUCUCUCCCCACCUCGGCAACCUCUCAUUCCUAUCUUUACUCGACAUCAGUUUCAACCAUUUCUAUGGCCAAAUCCCCAAGGAAUUUGCUUGUUUGCAUCGACUCAAACAAGUCAACUUUGGGUACAACAACUUUGUCGGAGAUUUGAAUUCAUAUUCAUGGUUUGGUAAUUUACCAGAUCUUCAAUACUUGCUUCUACACCACAAUAAUUUCACAGGCACAAUUGGAUCUUCAUUGUGCAACAUUUCAAAGCUAGAGGGACUCACUUUAGGGUACAAUUCUCUGCAUGGAAAUAUUCCAGAUGAGAUUGGUAAACUUUCAAAUUUGAAAUUUUUGAAUUUGGAAAACAAUCAGAUUACGGGUUCUAUACCCUCUGCUAUGUUCUUCAACAUGUCGUCGUUGCAAAGCAUUGAUCUGACGGCUAAUAAUUUUUAUGGCGAAAUUCCAUCCAGUCUGUACAAGUGCAGGAAGCUUCAAUAUUUAUCGCUAUCUUUUAAUAGUUUGAAUGGCAGCAUACUUCGAGAAAUCGGCAACUUGACCAUGCUUAAGGAGUUGUAUAUUGGGCAUAAUGACUUCAAAGGUGGAAUUCCAUCAGAGGUGGGCUAUCUUGUCAAUUUGGAGAUAUUCAGUGCAGGUAGUAGUUCUCUUACAGGGGCUAUUCCAUCUUUUAUCUUCAACAUGUCUUCAUUGAGGGUAAUUCACUUGACAAACAAUAGACUAUCUGGAAGUCUCCCAUUGGACAUUCAAUAUGAUCUCCCUUUUCUUGAAGAGCUACAACUUCAGUCCAAUCAACUUUCUGGCCAAUUUCCACCAGGCUUGUGGGCAUGUAAAGCGCUUAAAAGGUUAUUAUUGUCAUUUAAUGAUUUCACAGGAAGCAUAUCUAAGAAUAUUGGGGAGCUUCUAUAUACACACACUAAACCCCCUCUCCACACACACUUAAUGAAGGAGUUGUGGGUGUAUGCCUAUUUUCCUAGGCUUGCCCUAGUGCCGGAUGAGGAGAUCCCCCUCGACGUUCCAUUCUCUCACCGCUUCAAUGUGAGGUGCAAGCGGAGGCCACGAGAGUCUUUCCAGUUCUUCCGCCGAUACGUCGACACCAUCACCGCCGCAGAGGCUUCCAUCGAGUAUACUAGACAGUCUUUGGAGCUGACGACCUCAGUGAUGGGGAUGCUACAGCGGAGCAUAGACUUGCUCACCAUCUAUAGGAUCCCUGUCCCAUUCCAGAUUCCGGCCGCGGGAGGUGCUUCAGCAGGGCCUUUUGUACCUACUCGAAGAGGAGGGGGAGUCAGGCGGGGGGUGACGAUCCACAGCCGAGGCAGGCACAGGCGCACCUGUGCUGAGAGUUGUUCACAAGAGCCCUCCCCGAUGAUUUUGACAAGGAGGCAGCGUCGUCUGAGGGUGAGACCAGGGAUGGCUCAGAUUCGGACUACAGAGCUAGCAGUGGUGAUCCUGGACCCUCGUCCAGGAAGAGGACCAGGACCGACUCCCGCACUUGAGACCAUUGAUGCUGACCCAGACAUUUGCUAA